AUGAUGAGAUUUCAAUGUUCCCAGCUUGUGAUUGAGCGAAUGGAUCCUUUGGUCAACCCAGGCCUCCUCCAGUCGGGCCAUCUGCACCAGAUCGUCGGCGGCAACUCGUUCAACGCUACCAUGACGCCCGUCGACUACGACCCGUCGGCCAAGUCGUCGUGCACCACGUGCACGUUUACCGAGGACUUCUCAAACUACUGGACCGCCAACAUCUACUUCAAGGCCAAGAACGGCAGCUUCAAGCGCGUGCCGCAGAUGGUCAACCUCGGUCUGCAGGGCGAGGGCGGCGUUACUGUGUACUACAUCCCGCCGUACGACGGCAAGAGCAAGGUCACCGCCUUCAAGCCGGGUUUCCGCAUGCUGGUCGGCGACGCCAACCUCCGGAAGCAGCGGGGCAUGCAGAAGCAGAUCUGCCACCGCUGCGAGCACAACGUCGCGCAGACCCCGUUCGGCGGCGCGCCGUGCACGGGCGACGACACGGCCGCGUUCCCCAGCAAGCCGUGCGACGGCGGCAUCCGCACCACCGUCACCUUCCCGACAUGCUGGGACGGCAAGAACCUCGACAGCCCAGACCACAAGAGCCACGUCGCCUACCCCAGCAGCGGCAGCUUCGAGUCGACGGGGCCCUGCCCGUCGACGCACCCCGUCCGCCUCCCGCAGCUCAUGUACGAGGUCAUAUGGGACACGCGCGAGUUCAACGACAAGUCCAUGUGGCCCGACAAGGGCCAGCCGCUGGUCUACUCGAUGGGCGACGGCACCGGCUUCGGCCAGCACGGCGACUACGUGUUCGGGUGGAAGGGCGAUGCGCUGCAAAAGGCGCUCGACGCCCGGUGCACGGGUGACCGCUGCUCGGCGCUCACGACGCAGACCCCCCAGCAGGCAGUGGCCUGCAGCAAGCGCCAGACUGUGAUUGAGCAGACGGAAGGAUGGCUCGACUCGCUCCCCGGCGGCAUGCCCGUCACUUACGAGUAG